AUGAUAGUGAUAUUUAAAUUGUUUACUUUAGUUGCACUGAAAUGUUUGAUUUUUGUGAAUGGAGAGAGAAUUAUAGGGGCCAUUUGUGAUGAUGGGAAUUUUUUAAAUCAAGCAACAUUCGAUGUCGCUAUUGAAGCGGCAUCGGAAAAUGAAAAAAAUGCAUUCGUAUCUUCGGUAAUAAAAACUUCACCUGGAGAUAUAAAUGAAGCUGAACGAGCUAUGUGCUCGCUUUUGGAGCAAAAUAUUCUGGGAGUUUUCGGACCACAGACUCGAAAUACUUUAGAGCAUGUGCAAUCGCUGGCCGAUUAUUUUGAAAUUCCACAAAUUAUUACCGAACCAAUAGAAAUUCUAAAUAGAAAUUGGUCUGCUGUGAGCUUGUACCCUCAUCACAACACAUAUUCCCAGGUUUUUGCUGACAUUAUCGUAAUGAAAGGAUGGACAGAGUUUACAAUUAUUUACGAAGGUUCUGAACUUUUGCCUUUUCUGAACAACGUUGUUUCUAUUGAAGAUUUAGGAUCUGGUGAAGAAGUUAGCAUAAAAUUUAUACAGCUGCCAGACGAUGAUGAUUAUCGAUCUCAACUUAAAAAUAUCAAAGCAUCUGGAUCAUUAAACUACGUGGUUAUCUGUCAGCUACAGAAUAUAUUAAAUCUUUUAGAGCAAGCGCAACAUGUUGGCAUAAUGUCCGACGACCAUAGCUAUCUCAUUAUGAAUCCAGACUUUCAAACUAUAGACAUCAGUCCAUUUAAGCAUGGCGGUUCAAAUGUAACAGGUAUUAGGUUUUUCGAUCCUGAACUAAAGGAAAUACAGGAAUUAAUAAUAUCAAUAAAUGAUAAGGUUAAAGAACUAUCGGAAAAUCAAUUGACAGAUGUUAUAGAAGAAAAUGGCCUUUCAUUAAACUUAGCUCUCGUGUACGAUUCGGUGAUGCUCUAUACAUCAGCUAUUAAAGCGAUGGGUUUAGAGGAUGGCGGUAAUAUUACCUGUGAUAGCGAUGAAACUUGGAAUUUGGGUUCAACUAUCAUUAAUUACGUGAGAACAAAUGAAAUCGACGGUUUGACGGGUCUCAUAAAAUUCAAUGAAGAAGGCUUCCGCACCGAUAUAGAAUUGGAAGUCUUUGAAGUUAUGGCUCAUGGCUUUGAAAAGGUAGGGACUUGGAAUUCAGAAGAUGGAUACACGUUGUCAAGAAAAGUCAUACCAGUCGCGGAAGAGGAAGGAACUGAUUCAAUGAAAGGAAAGCAUUUUCUUGUUAUCACUGCCCUGAGUGCUCCUUAUGGAAUGCUAAGGGAAUCAUCUAAAAAGCUCGAGGGAAAUGACCGCUAUGAAGGUUUCGGAAUAGAAAUCAUCGAAGAACUAGCGAAGAUGAAUGAAUUCAACUAUACAUUUGAUAUCCAAGCCGACGGGGUUUACGGAUCGUAUGACGCUAAAAUAGGCAAAUGGACUGGAAUGAUGGAAAAGAUAAUGGAUGGUAGAGCUGAUUUUGCAAUCACCGAUUUAACGAUAACAGCAGCGAGACAAAAGGUUGUAGAUUUUACAAGUCCAUUCAUGAAUUUGGGUAUUACCAUAUUAUACAAAAAGCCUUCAAAGCAACCGCCUGAUUUGUUUUCAUUUAUUUCACCAUUUUCAUAUGCUGUGUGGGGUUAUUUAACAGGCGCGUACGUAGGUGUUUCAGCCCUGCUUUUCCUACUAGGAAGAUUUGCACCAGAAGAAUGGCAGAACCCGUAUCCUUGUAUAGAAGAACCUGAGACUUUGGACAAUCAGUGGACAUUGGCUAACUCAUUCUGGUUCACGCUGGGUAGUGUACUUACUCAGGGAUCAGAAAUAGCACCCAUAGCUUUAUCGACAAGGAUGGCUGGCAGCUUGUGGUGGUUCUUUACACUGAUUAUGGUAUCAUCAUAUACAGCCAACUUGGCUGCCUUUUUGACGGUUGAAUCUAAAUUUUACGCCAUUAAAAAUGUAGCCGAUUUAUCAACCAACCCGUAUGAUAUUACGUAUGGCGCAAAAAAAGGAGGAGCUACUUACGGUUUCUUUAAGGAAUCCGACAACAUACUGUAUCAAAAGAUGUUUCAAUAUAUGGACGCACAUCCAGAGUUGAUGACUCAGACUAACGAAAUUGGGCUCGAAAGGGUGAAAAAUGAGAAUUACGCCUUUUUAAUGGAGUCAACAUCUAUAGAAUACAUGGUUGAGAGAAAUUGCGAUGUAGCUCGAGUAGGCGGCAUGUUAGAUAGUAAGGGAUACGGUAUAGCUAUGAAGAAGAAUUCUCCGUACAGACAGCCAAUGAGCGAAUCGAUAUUGCAACUACAGGAACAAGGUAAAAUAACUAGAAUGAAAGACAAAUGGUGGAAGGAAAAGAGAGGCGGCGGGGCUUGUGCGGAUGACGAUGCAAGUAGCGGCGAUGCUCAACCUUUGGUUCUCGCGAACGUGGGUGGAGUGUUCAUAGUACUAGCUGUGGGAUCCGGCUUAGCGAUCGUCUGCGCUCUCUUUGAAAUGAUCGUAAAUGUAUGGUUUAUAUCAAGAAAGGAGAAGGUUCCAUUCUUAGAAGAGUUGAAAGCCGAAUUGAAGUUCGUGUUCAGCUUCAGCGGAGACGUCAAGCCGGUACGACAUCGUGAAUCAUCUGAUUCGUCCAAAGAUUCCAAGAAAGAAGAUAAAGAAGAUGACGCGGAAUCUCAAGAAGAAAACGAUGUGUCGAACAGAAUACCGACGCCGUCUCAAAGAUCAAGUCAUUCGCGUCACGUGUCACACAGCAGACGUCCAAGCAACGCUUCGUAUAUGGCUAAAGUACGGAAAUCUAGCAAGCCGAAAUAA